UCAUGUCGGAGAUUGGCAAUCGAAUUAUUACUCGCGGUGAUAUACUCGCACUGGAAGUACGCUGUUUGGAACAAAUUCGGGAGGACACUUUGUACGAGAUUCGAAACGAUGCAAAGUUGCGGGCAGUUUUAACAUCGAAAAACUACGACGAGUUCAAAAACAUCGUUGACGCGGCCCACCUAACGCCACUAAGUGCCAGCGAUAAAAUGAACUCUAAAACGAAAACUCGUAUCUGGAACAGUGCUUCGAGCAACUAAUUUA